AUGAGCAAUCACAUGAUGGUGACGGAAUUCCUCCUCCUGGGUUUCUCAGAGGUCUGGGAGAUGCCUCUGGUCCACUAUGUGCUGUUCCUCCUGUUCUACUUUGUGGCCCUGGCGGGAAAUCUCCUUAUCAUCGCCGUCACAGCCCAUGAACUGCGCCUCCACACCCCCAUGUACGUCUUCCUCAGGAACCUGUCCAUCCUCAAUCUCUUCAUCAUCUCAGUCACCAUCCCCAAAUCCAUCAUCAACCUGUUGACUGACACGAAAAAUAUCAGUUCUGGUGUCUCUGGACGUUUUCCUCCUGGUGAUCUGCUCCACCUCUUAAUAAUAAUUAUGGAAUUUGUUAAACUCUGA